GAAAAGAUCCGCCCCUUGUGAGAUCCAGGCUUGCCCGUUUCGCAGGUUCUCCCCCCCGACGCGCACAUUCAGUCUUACAAUUCCAGGGUUCGCGCUUCAGUCUGCGAACUGCCUAACCGCCCAAGAAAGAAAAGAGAGAGAGAGAAAACCCCUAUGGAAACAGCGCAAAAAACAGCGGACGUUUCUCUCCUGCGCCUCUCCUCUCCCUCUCUUCUUAUGAGUUUUUGACGUGUUUUUAGGGGGGUUCAGGGGCAGCUCCGAGCGCACAGGCUGAGCCAUGACUCUGAGCUCAGAGAUGUCGGAUGCCUCCCUCCUUUCGGAAGAGACCGACAUCGACGUGGUCGGCGAGGGCGAGGACGGCGACGGCCACACGCGCUCCUACGUGGACGAGGUGGCGCAGAUGCGGGACGGCAUCCUCCUGGCCGGCUCUCCUCCUCCUCCUCCGUGCCUACAGGACGGCUCCACCUCCACCUCCUCCUCCUCCAGGGAUGCCUUCAAGCCGGCGGGGAAGAACGCCCUGGUGAAGCCCCCUUACUCCUACAUCGCCUUAAUCACCAUGGCCAUCCUGCAGAGCCCCAAGAAGAGGCUGACGCUCAGCGAGAUCUGCGACUUCAUCAGCAACCGCUUCCCGUACUACAGGGAGAAGUUCCCGGCGUGGCAGAACUCCAUCCGGCACAACUUGUCCCUGAACGACUGCUUCGUGAAGAUCCCGCGCGAGCCCGGGAACCCCGGGAAGGGCAACUACUGGACGCUGGACCCGGAGUCGGCCGACAUGUUCGACAACGGGAGCUUUCUGAGGCGGAGGAAGCGCUUCAAGCGGCAGCAGACGCAGGACUUGCUGCGGGAGCCCAACGGCUUCAUCCCCGCGGCGGCGGCGGCUGCAGCGGCGGCCGCGUACGGGUACGGACCGUACGGCUGCGGCGGCUACGGCAUCCAGCUACAGUCCUACCACACGCACUCCGCGCUGUUCGCCUUCCAGCAGCAGCAGCAGCAGCAGCAGCAACAGCCCAGACAUUCCCACACGCACAUCCCGUCGCCGUCGCUGAUGCCCACCAGCACGGACCUUGCCCGGAGCAGAUUUUACCCGCAGCUCGGGUCCGCUCUGGGCUCCGCGUCCCCGGCGCCGAAAGUGAGCCCCCCGGCGCAGCCGCAGCCGCAGCAGCGUUCUCCCUUCUCCAUAGAGAGCAUCAUUGGCGGGUCGCCGAGCCCCGCCAGGACUCCUCCUGUCAUUGUCCCGGUUUUACCGACCUCCCUGGGGCUCCCCAGCCAGCCGCAGUCCGUCCACCCGGAGGCCGUUUUAGUCGAAAACUUCCCGAACAGAAUUAUCGGCGGCACUAGCGCCUGUUAAAAAAAAAAAAAAAGUCUUAAAACUGCAAGAACAACAACAAAAAAAAACUUAUCAAAAGCAGAAACAAACGCUCCCCUCCCCUCUUUGAAGGUAGGAUUAUUUUUGUACGUUUAUUUGCAGCAGAAUGACGGACAUGCAGGAAGAAAAAAAAACACUAUUUGUGCCUAUAUUCAUGCUGAUUAUGAAACUAUAUAUUUAUGGUAUGGUUUUUUUAUUAUUAUUAUUAUUAUUAUUAUUUCAGUGAGAAUGGAAAAAAAAAAUUUGACCUCGAAUUUUUCUUGUAUUUUAUGAAGACGUGAUCAGUUUCAGUCACUGUUGUUUUCUUUAGGAGCGUCUCAGGACAGGUUCUAAGUGAUCACAUGUUUAAAUUGUGUCAAACACAUCCAUGUUUUUUUUAAUAUAUAUAUAUAUAUAAUUAUUAUUUUAUGAGCAAAUCAGAACAAGGUUUAAAGGUCUUGAUUUGAAAUUUGUAUUAAAGGAAGAAGAAGAAGAAGAAGAAAAGAAGAAAACAACACGGAAGCAGCAAAGUCAUUUAUAAUUCUGUUGCGAUGUGUUUUGAUUUGAGGUAAUGAAAGCAUUGUACUUUUUUUUUUUUUGCCAAUUAUGGUGUAUCUGAGGUGUGAAAUUUUUUUACACAGUUUGUUUAUUAAGAAGAAUAAAUUUCUCUUUUUGUUUUGCAACAGAGGAAAAAAAAAAGUCGAGACAAUAGCCUGUUUUGGGAAAUCAAUUGAAUUGCUUUUGAGCUUUCUGGUGCGUUUAAGUGCAAAGUCAAAGUGCAGGAAUGGCCACUUACAAGUGCGGUUACGCGGCCCCUGCAGCGAGGAAGGGUCACGUCUGGCUGGCGAGCGCGUUUCAGCCUCUCUGUGUGCGUGUGUUCGCAAAUGUAGGCUGAAACACGCUCGUCUCGGUGCCACCGCUGCACGUUUCGGAACAUGCGCAAACGGGCCUUGCGUGUCCAUCCGACCUCUCUCACACUCAUCCUCGUAAUUGCGGUGAGCGGACAGGAGGGUGUCAGCCGGGUGAGGGAGGGGCGGGGGUGCGGCUGUGUUCUCCCUGCCGCCGGGUCACAGAUUUACGCAUCAUGGCCACAGUGCUUGAGAAAAGAAAAAAA